CUCGACGACUCUUCCUCAGCUGUCCGCACAAUCAAUAGCUCGCAUCAGAGCUGGCAACCGGAAUCAUGAAGUCACUCGCCCUCCUUGCGUCCUGUGCAGCGCUCGCACAAAAUGUCGCUGCUCAAGGCGCAUAUCUAUACACCAUCGAUCGCAGCGUAAUUUCGCCCUCAACAGCAAUGGUCGAUUCCGAACUCGCGAGUGCAAUCAUCGCGAGAAGAAGAUCCCUCACGGACGAGCGGUACUUGGGCAUAACUGAUGACAUGCUCCUGCAAGAUCUCAAUUCAUAUGGAGGUUCUCAGGCACCUCUUUUCGCCGACGGCAAGACGACAGAAGCACCAGGCAAACUAUUCAUCAGGAUAACCAAUGUUGACUUGAGCAUAAACGAUCUCGAUGCCUCAAUGCCUGACCUAUGGAUUCAAGAACCCACCAAAGAUCUCCUCACCGACUUUAAGGCUGUACCUCGUCGGCAAAAGAAGGAUGGAAUCUGCGAAUAUAUCGUGCCGCCUAGUUUGAACACACCUGGCGCCUAUGGCGUCGAAGUGAUCUUCUCAUAUCCUUUGGAAGAUGAUCUCCUAUGCCUUGCAUCCGCCGAAAUACCCCAGCUCCCGAUCAUAAUGUCCCUGCACGGCUUUUUACCCAGCAAGCCCUCUGAAGUCAAAUCUAAGCUGGCUUCGUUGAUCCGCAUCCUCAAACACUUCUCCGCGACCGAGGACAUCGAGUCGACCGUUUUGUUCCUACCCUCGAAGCUCCCGGAACCAUCUAAGAAGAACACGCAUCACAACCAUGCCCGCUCCGCACAACAGACUGAAGAAGAAACUCUCGAGCUUCCAUCAGCAACAGCUGUAAUUGACAGUUUCACGGCUACAAAUGCUUCAAAGAACUUCACCCUCCCUUCCGUGAUUCCAGCAUGUUUCACAUCGAAGUCCGCCUGUGAGAAUACCACGAACUUCUGCUCUGGACACGGCGACUGCUACAAAGCACAUAACAAUUGCUUCAAGUGCAAAUGCGGCACAACGAUCGCAAGAGUGAACGAGGACGGCACGAAGAAGACGACUCAAUGGGGUGGCGCCGCGUGCGAAAGGAAAGAUGUCAGCGUGCCGUUUAUUCUGUUCGCGAGCUUUGGUGUCGUCAUGGCGGCUUUGAUUGCUGGUGCGAUUAGCAUGUUGUACAAUAUGGGCAGCCAGGAGUUGCCGAGCGUCAUUGGCGCUGGUGUUGCUGGACCAAAGGCUGGAAAGUGAGUGCACUCUCCGCCUUGCAGGAUGGCGCCGGUAAAUCUGGCCACGAGCUUGUCCCGAGAAAGGAACUGCCAGCCUGAAUUUGUCGUAUACAAGAGUUGUAACUGCGAAAGAAGAAAGGGAGUUGCAGGCCACAGGCAAGGCGCAAGCUAUGCUGAUCACCAAAGUGUGCGGCACUGUAUACAUAUCAUGUAUGGCGUCUGAUUAUGAAUUAAUGGAAUGCCAGGUUCGACGAAAGCAGAACGGUUUUCAAGUAUGAUGAGGAUUGCCUUUCUUGCAUAUGUCAAGGUAUGAUCAGACAGUCUGCUCAACGAACAGAUUGGUUCUGAGAAGUGGGAGCCACAGACACUCCGCACAAGGACUCAUUCAUGCAUGGACUCUGAUAUGCCCCUAGUCCGAGCCAUGACACACCAAUUCGAUCACUGCAAAAUGGCCCAAGUACAAUCAAUUUAUGGCAGGCCAAACUCCGCUC